AUGUCCCCUAUGCUAGUUGACAAAAAGCUUCUUCAAGGGGCCGCGGCUAAGAGGACCUCUGAUACAAGCUCACCGGGCUCCACCACCCUACCAACGACUGCUCUCGUUCCCAAGGUCAUUUUAAAGGAAUGGGUCAAUCUCAUGGCCACCUAUCAAGUAGAUGAUCCCCUUCUGAAGGUCCUUAUGGUUGACACACCUCCUACUCCCUUAAAGGACAAAAGCAAGGCUAUAGUCUCUAAUAUGGCUGAAGAGAAGAACAACGUUACUCUAGAUCUUUUUGCGAAUCGUAUGUCUGUCCCAUCGACAAUGUGGAACAGCGUGGAGGAGGAUAUGACUAG